AUGAAAUCUGUUCCAUACGUAUGUUAUGGUAAUUGUUUAUACAUUGAGUCUAAAAUAGCUAAUGUCACAGGCAUUUCAGGAGUUAAUAGUAAAGGUUCAGUAGAAUAUAAAUCCUUCUGUUAUGCAGUCAAUUCAAUGUUCAUUCCAAACGUUCCUGUCAUAGCAACUCAUUUAGGUAAAUGGGUUCGCAUUAGUCCUCAUAAGUUGAAAGACAUGCAAUUCAGACUUGUUGACUUUCAAGGAGAGCCUGUAGAACUGAAGGCACCAGUGCGAAUGACUGUUGAAGUUGACUUUUUAGAAAAUAUUAAAUGCAACAGCUUACAAGAGAACUCAGAGCUAAAAAUAUAA